CGCAUGCGCACCAGAGAGUCUCCUGUGGCAAGAUGGCCGCGGGUGAACGACGCUGGAGACUCCGCCUUUACCCAGAGGAUGCAUCGUGACGCGCUGUGGAGGAUGAGCAAGGACUCGGCCGUCUGCAGGGAGCUAGGGGUCGGCUUCAUGGAGGACCUCUGCAAGGCUGACAGAGAAUCGAGAGCAGCACUGUGGCCAAGGAUUCAGCAAGCAAGAGCAGCUGGAAAACGAGCGUACUACAGAGGUGGUGCAGGUUAUAUCGACGGACAAAAAAUUACUUAAAACUACUCAUCUCAUAAGGUUUUCAGUGAUAAUCCAUGUGAUAUUUAUGUUAAAAGGCACUUUUAAUGUGUUUACAAGCUGGAUAGUCAAGUUAUGACUGUUGAAUUUGAAGGGACGCUGCCUGUUGUGGGGUUUUUUUCACCUCUCUUUAAGUUAAAUUUACAUUUUUACUAGCGUUUGCUAGUCUUUGUUCAAAAUGAAUGUUCAGUUUUCAUGUAUUUCUCUCAAUGCUAGGGGCUUAAGAGAUAACACUAAAAGAAAAUCUAUUUUUUUAUUUUGUAAGGGCGAAAAGGCUAAUUUUACUUUGUUACAAGAAACACACUCUACGUUAGAAGAUGAAACAUUUUGGAGAAAUCAAUGGGGCGACAAGAUUAUCUUUGAUCAUGGCUCCAAAAAAUCAGCAGGGAUAGCCAUCUUAUUCUGUAACUCUCCUGCUAAAUUGGUGACAUCUAGAAAUAGCAAUAGCGGUCAUUGGUUAAUUGGUGUCCUGAAUUUAGAUGAUCAACACAUUAUCCUGGUUAAUAUAUAUGGUUUUAAUAACCUUAAUCAGAACAAACAAUUGAUUUCCGAUAUUUCCAUUGCCAUUACAAACCUUAAACAGCUCUUCCCAACAGCCAAUGUAAUUAUAGGUGGUGACUUCAAUAUGGUUAAUGAUGAAUGCCUUGAUAGACAUCCUCCCAAAUCUCAAAACAUUUCUGCUAACCUUGUCCUCUCUGAUUUCUGCAGCUCCCAUAACCUACUGGAUGUUUGGCGCCUUAAACAUCCCGAUUCCAAACAGUAUUCAUGGUUCAAACCAAAUAAUUUAGCAAAAUCAAGAAUUGAUUUUUGGUUAAUUUCGGACUUGUUGUUGGCCUCCGUAUCUGAUUGCUCUAUUUCUGCUGCUCCUCUCACAGAUCACUCCACCAUCAAGCUAAAUUUGGGACCCCCUGGUAUCAAUCGGAGGAAUAAAGGAUACUGGAAAUUCAAUGUUUCCUCUGGCGCGGCCCGACGUGUGCGGGAAGUGGGUGGCGGCGAUGAGACGGAACAACUUCAAGCCCAGCAAGUACAGCAACAUCUGCUCGCAGCAUUUCUCCAGCGACGCCUUCAAGCGCGAAUGUAACAACCGCGUCCUGAAGGAGAACGCCGUCCCGUCGCUGUUCACGCUCAGCAACGUCCACUUGGCGUCCGACGAGGAUUUCACCGACGCGCCGGAGUCGCCGCCGCUGCUAACGCUAACACCGCUGCCGCUAACACCGCUGCCGCUCACGGGGGCCCCCGUUAGCGGCGUUAGCGACCCGGCGGCCAUGAUCUCCUGCGACCACAACUACACGGCCGAGGACUCGGCGCGGCAGCGGCGGCGUGCCGAGCGGCUGGAGCAGCAGCUAGCGCGCCUGCGGCGGCGGCUACGCGCCGCGCAGCAGCGUAUCCGGCGGCAGGAGACGCAGCUGAGGAAGAUGAGGGAACUCUGCACGGUGUCGGCUAGCGCCGGGAAGGUCACGUUCGGCGAGGGCUGCGUCAUCCUGCUGCCGCACAAGGACGGCUAGCGCC